UUUAAGAGAGCCUUCUCCUCUGUUUAUGAGAAGAAGUUUCAGAGUAAGUAACAGAAGAACAGAGCACAGAAGAACAGAGCACAAAAGAACAGAGCAGAAUGGCCAUAAGAAAAUCCACUAAGCUACCCCAAGCAGAAGUGAUAAAGCAAAUAGUGAGAAGGUGUUCGAGUUUUGGAAAGAAACAGGGAUACGAUGAAGAGGGUCUUCCAGAAGAUGUGCCAAAAGGGCACUUUGCAGUUUAUGUUGGUGAAAACAGGACAAGAUAUAUUGUCCCAAUUUCAUGGUUGGCUCAUCCACAGUUUCAAAUUCUUCUCCAAAGAGCUGAAGAGGAGUUUGGCUUCAAUCAUGAUAUGGGUCUUACCAUCCCAUGUGAUGAAGUUGUUUUUGAGUUUCUUACCUCAAUGAUUAGCUCCAAAUAACAUUUUUACUUUUGCUUUUCUAAUUGUAUAUAACUUCCUGCAUCUCAUUUCAUUUCUACAAAGUGAGUUCUACGUUUAUUUUCACUCUACUUCCAGUCAUUGGCUUCGUAAAUGAAAAUUGAAAGAUGUGUGAUUGGUUUUCUCCCAAGAAGAGCUUAUUUCAGACAUUCAAAUGCGUGGUGCGUGAAAGAAUUAUUGGUUCUUUCUCUUUCUUUUCAAAGUUGCAUGGCUCUGUUUCGAUGCCACGAUCGAUGUUACUAAUCCGUGUAUAUCAUACUUUUUUAAAUAGUAAAAUGCCGAUGUGACA